AAAGUGCUCCAGGGCCAUCCCAACAGCUCUGAGCUGCAGGACUCUGACCUCGCUUUGCAAACACCGCCAAAGAGCAGACUAUGCUGUGGCUUGGGAUCAGGAGACGGCUUCUCGUGAUCAAGGAUUGAGAGAACCCCUGGGGGAAGCUGUUCAGAAGGAAGGAAUCAUGGAGCCUUUGGGUGAUCUAGUGAAAGACCCUCGGUUCCCCCCUGAACUGAUCCAUCUGCUGAUUGAGAAUUUCAGCGUCCCCAUUGCCUGCUUCUCCCAUCCACCGACCGCUUUGCAGCUGCUGCAACAGCAGAGCCUCGUAGACCUCACCAUCACUGGCAUGGCGACCUUCCUCACGCUGCUGUCCGCCAUCAUCUUUGUGGAAGACGCCAUGUACCUCUCGAAGAAGGUCCGCUGUUUCAUCAAGAUGAAAACCCUCAUCUGGAGCAGCUCCGCACCCACCGUGGUCUCAGUGUUCUGCUGUUUUGGGCUCUGGGUCCCCCGCUCAAUGUCGGUGGUGGAGAUGGCUAUUGGCGCGUACUUUGCCGUCUGCUUCUACCUGCUGCUGCUGAUCAUGGUGGAAGGCUUUGGGGGAACGGAGGCUGUGCUCAAGGCCUUGAAGGACACCCCCAUCGUGAUCAGCACGGGCCCCUGCUGCUGCUGCUGCCCCUGCUGCCCUCGCAUCACCAUGACCAAACAGAAACUGAAGCUCAUCAUGCUGGGUACUUUCCAAUAUGCCUUCCUGAAGGGAGCCUGCGUCUUCCUAGGGCUCGUUCUGACCACAGAAGGCCUGUAUAACACGUCGGACAUUUCAGCCACAAGUGUGGCCCUCUGGAUAAACACCUUCCUGGGUGUGUCCACCGUAUUUGGACUGUGGGCAUUGGCGGUCCUGUUUCGGCAAGCCAGAACACACCUGGCCUCACAGAACAUGGGCUCCAAGUUUGCUUGCUUCCAGGUUCUCCUCAUCGUGACUGCGCUGCAGCCCUCCAUCUUCAGCAUCCUGGGCAACGGCGGCCAGAUCGGCUGCUCCCCGCCAUUGUCUUCCAGAACACGCUCGCAGGUGAUGCACGCACAGCUGCUCAUCUUACAGACCUUCAUCCUGACGGUGCUGACCAGGAUGUAUUACCGGAAACAGGACGACAAGGCCGGCUGCUGUCCUGUGGGAGCUCUUCCAGAGACCAAGACAGACAUCAGUCUCUAAGUUGCCAAGGAGCUGCCACGGCCAGCAGGGCCCCUGGAGGCAUAAAACGUCCCUGCAAGCAUUUGUUCUGGGAUGUCCAGAAGAAAGACAACAUAGGCCUUCUGGGGAGGGGGGAAGGAAAGAGGCGAUGGAUCGAUGGCUAGCUUAUGACAAGCAUGACAUGCUGCACAGCCUUUGUACAAUGGGAGGUAUUCAAUGCUAGCCCAACUCAGAGUAGACCCAUUGAUCUUAAUAGGCCCGGCUAAGGGUAGAAACCACUGCUGGUUCCAGUGCGUCUCCACCUCUUAUUUUCUUAAAACGGGGGCAAACGACACUAGUCAAACCUCACCCGUUUACUCUUAAAACCUGGUGGGAUCGAGCGCAUUUUUUCCUUUGUUUAAAUUCCGCUUCAGAGAGAUUUUGCAACUGAUCAACAGAUCAACCUGUUCCCCCUCCAGGUAUGGUCAAUGGAAACUCUUUGCUGUAAGCGACUUGUGUGCUCAGACCUGAACUUAGGUUCAUUCAGUUCACUGAGUCUGCUUUGAGUAUGAGUUAGCUGAAUACAACCCAGUGCCUUCAGGACAACUGUAAUACACUCAGCUUUGUCAAAGUGCCCAAGGUAUGUGUAAUAAAUCUAUCUUAUGUUUUUUUAUUUCA